UUCACUGCGCUUGCGCUGACAGACGCAAGAUGGCGGACAGUGCGGAACUAAAGCAAAUGGUUAUGAGCCUUAGAGUUUCUGAACUCCAAGUACUGUUGGGCUACGCUGGGAGGAACAAGCACGGACGCAAACACGAACUUCUUACAAAAGCCUUGCAUUUGUUAAAGGCUGGCUGUAGUCCUGCUGUACAAAUGAAAAUUAAAGAACUCUACAGGCGGCGUUUCCCUCAGAAAAUUAUGACGCCUGCGGACUUGUCUAUCCCCAACGUACAUUCAAGUCCUAUGCCAGCGACUCUGUCACCAUCUACCAUUCCACAACUCACCUAUGAUGGUCACCCUGCAUCAUCCCCACUACUCCCUGUUUCUCUUCUGGGACCUAAACAUGAACUGGAACUCCCACAUCUCACAUCAGCACUGCACCCAGUCCAUCCGGAUAUAAAGCUGCAAAAGCUACCAUUCUAUGACCUACUGGACGAGCUGAUCAAACCCACCAGUUUAGCAUCAGACAACAGCCAACGCUUUCGGGAAACCUGUUUUGCAUUUGCCUUGACUCCACAACAGGUGCAGCAGAUCAGCAGCUCCAUGGAUAUUUCUGGGACCAAAUGUGACUUCACAGUACAGGUCCAAUUAAGGUUUUGUUUGUCAGAAACCAGUUGUCCACAAGAAGAUCACUUCCCACCCAACCUUUGUGUGAAAGUGAAUACAAAACCUUGCAGCCUUCCAGGUUACCUUCCACCAACUAAAAAUGGUGUGGAACCAAAGCGACCUAGCAGACCAAUUAAUAUCACCUCACUUGUCCGAUUGUCCACGACAGUACCAAAUACCAUUGUUGUUUCUUGGACGGCAGAAAUUGGAAGGACCUAUUCCAUGGCAGUAUAUCUUGUAAAACAGUUGUCCUCAACAGUUCUUCUUCAGAGGUUACGAGCAAAGGGAAUAAGGAAUCCGGAUCAUUCUAGAGCUUUAAUUAAAGAGAAAUUAACUGCAGAUCCAGACAGUGAAAUAGCUACCACCAGCCUACGAGUUUCUCUUCUGUGUCCACUUGGGAAAAUGCGGCUGACAAUUCCGUGUCGGGCACUUACCUGUUCCCACCUUCAGUGUUUUGAUGCAACUCUUUAUAUCCAAAUGAAUGAAAAAAAACCAACAUGGGUUUGUCCUGUCUGUGAUAAGAAGGCUCCAUAUGAACACCUUAUUAUUGAUGGGUUGUUUAUGGAAAUCCUAAAAUACUGUACUGACUGUGACGAAAUACAGUUUAAGGAGGACGGCUCGUGGGCUCCCAUGAGAUCGAAAAAGGAAGUGCAGGAAGUUACUGCCUCCUACAACGGAGUUGACGGAUGCUUGAGCUCCACAUUAGAGCAUCAGGUGACUUCCCACAACCAGUCCUCAAAUAAAAACAAGAAAGUCGAGGUGAUUGACCUAACCAUAGACAGUUCAUCAGAUGAAGAAGAGGAAGAACCCUCUGCCAAGAGGACCUGUCCUUCCCUGUCUCCUACAUCACCACUAAAUAAUAAAGGAAUUUUAAGUCUUCCUCAUCAAGCAUCGCCUGUGUCCCGUACCCCCAGCCUUCCUGCUGUAGAUACAAGCUACAUCAACACUUCCCUCAUCCAGGACUACAGGCACCCUUUCCACAUGACACCCAUGCCUUACGACUUACAAGGAUUAGAUUUCUUUCCUUUCUUAUCAGGAGACAAUCAGCUCAUGUUGCUUUAUUCAUCUCAGACCCUAAACGUACAAAAUCAUUUGCUAAAAAGGCCACAUCUAGUGACCUGGAAGCAAGAUUAAAAGAGAUCAAGGAGUGUGGAAGGAGAAAGUCAGUGACUGUUACUCAGCAGUCAGACUGUCCCAUUGCACCAGAGCUACAGACUUGCAGAGCAAGAACAAAGUGACAGAAGUCUCAUCGAAAACAGUGAGACAAACACAGAUUGAGAAAGGCCUACUACAGCAAUAGAGAAAUGGCUAAGGACAUGGAUUAAGGCCAGGAUGCAGAAGCACAUCCUGCUCGGUACUGUGACACUCUCUGCCAAAGCAGUGAUCCAGCCACUGUCCAGAUGCCUUCCUGAGUUUCGUACCAGCAAGCUGGAGCACUAAUUGGAGAUUAGCAAACUUUGCAAGAUGUUGUUGUUCAUUGGUGAUGGUGUUCAUGUACAUCCUCCUUCAUCCCAGUAUCACAGUGGUGGUCUUGUUUCAACACCAUGUCUCUGACCCAACCAAUAGAAAUAGAUCAAGGAGAUUUUUAAAAACUUUUUUGAGGAUUUCAUACAUGAGUAUACUGUAUUUACAUUAUUUUGACCCAUCCCUUUCCCUCCUCCAGUUGCUCUGUGGCCCCUCUCUGUAUAUAAAUUUUUAAUUUUUUAUUACUAUUGUAUCCAUGGUUGUAUAUGUAACACAAUGUAUGUUUAGAAGUUAAAGGACAGCUGUAUGGAGUCAGUUUUCUCCACCUCUGUGUGGGUUUCAACUGUUGAACUCAAGUAUUCAGGCUUUAUAGCAAGCUCCUUUAUCUGCUGAGCUGCCUUGCUUUCUGAUUAAGGAGAUUUAGUGGCCUUUGGGACCUGCUGCCUGAGUAGGACCUUUGUCCAGGCUACUGCUACAACAGGAACACUGAGGAGACAAGCCUGUGAGUGUGGACGGAAGAUAGCACCAGUACUGUGCAGUAGCCUUGUGUAGGCACUCGAGCAAUUACUGCUGACUGCAGGGGAUUUGCUUUUGAUGAAGAGGUUGCAAAGCAAUGUUGUAGUUGUGGUGGCCACUAACUCCAAGAUCGUGUAUGUGACACUGAGGAGCCCCAGAGAGCUUCCUAAGGAAGCUGCUGUGGAAACUUGGAACUGAAAAGCAGGCAGGAGCAAGAGAAACUGCAAGAGACAGAAGGAGUCCCCACUAAGUUUCAUAAAGGAGCUAGUGGAACUUGCACAGACAUCAGCAGUCCCCUUCAGAUGAGAUACUUUAGAACAUGAAUAUCAGAGAAGGGGAGUGUUUGUGGUACACUCUUCACAGCACAUCUUCAAUGAAAAGGGACAGACCAAAGCACCACAGCAUGCUUCUGAAGAAUGGCACCUACCUAGGAUGAGCUCUAUUGGAGAAGCAGGCAUUUCCCCUGCCCUGAAAACCUUCCAGGAAACAAGUUGUGCCUAGAGGACAGUGGCACUGACCCCUGGCCUGUGUAGACCUAUGAAUGAAUACACACACACACACACAAUCUUUUUAGCAAAAUACAUAAUUAGAUCUCAUAGGGUAUAGAUAUGAUGAAAGAAUGUUUUUGCACAGCCAUGUGGUCUAUUCAUGUUUAAGUAUUAUUAUAAAGAGUAAAAUAGUUGGGAGUGUUUAGGAAGCCCCAACCUCUCUGAAGAUCUGUAGGCAGUUACUCUUUAGUGGGGAGAUAUUUUUUUCUUCAGUGAUUAGCCACUGGUAAGUUGUUCAUACUCUGUAAGCAACACUGGGACACACACUGAAGGUAGACUGUUGAGAAGAGGCAAGGAUCAGGUAGAGGGAGAGAAACGGGAAAGCAGUAGAGGGUAAUUAUAAUCAAAAGACAUUAUCUACAUGUGAAAAUGUUAUAAUAAAACCUAUGAUUGUGUAUAAUUAGUACAUGUUAUAAAAUCUUUAAAAAAUGAAAAAGCUUAAAAACAAAGUAAAAUUGUUAUGUAACCAAUUAAUUAAAAGGCGAGCUUUGGGAUUUUUUUUUUAAAUAAAUGUAGAGUAACCUAAGCAUAGAGUAUUGGCAAAGCCCACAGUAGUCCUCAGCCUUCACAGCCACUCAGCAGGCACCAGUCCCUGACCCAGAGACUUGCAGCUCCACACACCCCACUAUGGGAGUGUCCUGCAGAAGUGUGACAUUGCUUAUCUUUUACAGCAAGUUCUCCCUGCCUUUUCCAACUCAGACCUGCUCAUGUGCACAAACACUGUGCCCAGUGCCUGCAGUGCUGAAAGCAGUGACAGGCUGCAUAGAGCCGCAGCCUGAGCACGAUAGCAGCUGAGCUUCUUCAUGAUGCAAUUCUCAGGAUGAACUUGUCAGUGGGAAUGCGGGAUGUAUCUUGAGAGGCGCAGCUGCUCUCCUUCCUACUGCUUCUGAACGUCUCAGAAAUAGAGUUUUAAGAACUGCGUGCAAUGCAAACUAAAAUACACACACAACACAAUGAAAAGUGUUAUUCCAGUUUCAGAUACCAUACCAAAGCGCUCUCAGUAUCAGUGACCAGUCAUUUCACUGCAGAAUAUGUUGUUACUUGAGGAGCCAGACACUCAGGAUAUGUUAACUUGGGACUUGCUCUGCUGAGAAGAGUACAGAGGUGCAUCUGAUUGUAACGAGAGUGUUUUGUCUCUGGUCCC